AUGCCAUCUCUAAAAUGAUCCGUACAUUUCCCAAAACAAAAAUGGGUUCUGGAACCAAAGCUUAAGCCACCAAAUUGUGAAACAAGUAAAGCUGUACACAAAAAUGGAAGUGAAAACUAAUGGGAAGAACAUGGAUGCCCAUAUUCAGAACCACUCUGACCCCUAUAUUGCUACUGGUCGGUCUCAUCUCAUGCCAAUACAUUGUGAAACCAAAAGUAGCUUCCUCUAAGGAUUAGUUUCCUAGUAUAAAAAGUGACUUCAUCUGCUUAAGUUUCUCUCGCAAGUUGUUUGUUGUUCUCCUUCUAGUGCUCAAGUGGUCACAUAGAAACUGGUUUUAAGUCUUUGUGGGUUCUUUCAGUCCCAUUUCUAGCUGUCAAAAAUGGCAAAGUUUUGAGUUUGGUUCCUUGUACUUAAAUGGGGAGUGGAAGUGGUGGCUACACCUAGUGAAAGGCCCAGAAUAGGAUUAUGUACAGUCGGUCAUAGACUCUUUGUUCUAUAACUAGCCUGAUAUUCUUUUUUCUUCCAACUUCCAACAUUCUGUCCUGUUCAACCACUAAAAUCCCUCAACUCACCAUGACAUUCCCUCAAGUUUUUCCUUUUCGCAUGCUCUUCUUUGUCUCCUCAUUCUGCAACUUUAUUCCCAUUCAUGGCCAUACAAUUACAAAGCAAAGGCAUUUGUUGGACACAAUUUCUCAAAUUUCAAUGCCUCCGACCCUUGCACCUGAGGCUUCUAGUCCUAGUUACAAUGCAAUAAAUCCUGACACCAUCAGGGUUUUCAAUGUCCUAUCAUUUGGUGCUGUUGGUGAUGGUGUUUCCGACGAUACUAAAGCGUUCAAGAUGGCUUGGGACACAGCUUGCCAAGCUGACUCGGCAGUUCUCCUUGUUCCGGGCAGCCAUUGCUUCAUCAUACAACCUUCCAUAUUUACAGGACCAUGUAAAAGUGGCCUUGUGUUUCAGAUUGACGGAACAGUAAUGGCACCAGAAGGACCUGAUUCAUGGCCGCCAAAAAGCAGCAAGCGACAAUGGCUGGUUUUCUAUAAAAUCAAUGGAAUGUCAAUGCAAGGAGGAGGUGUUGUGGAUGGUAGAGGAGAGAAAUGGUGGAACCUACCCUGCAAGCCUCACAAAGGAGUAAAGGGAACCACGCUAUCCAGUCCUUGUGAUAGCCCUGUGGCCAUAAAGUUUUUCAUGAGCUCGCAUUUAACAGUCAAAGGACUGAAAAUCAAGAACAGCCCUCAAUUCCAUUUUCGAUUCGAUAACUGUCAACAUGUUCAUGUAGAAUCACUCAGCAUCAAUUCCCCUGCUCAGAGUCCCAAUACUGAUGGAAUUCACAUAGAGAACACAAACAAUGUGCAGGUCUAUGAUUCACUCAUCUCCACUGGUGAUGACUGUGUAUCAAUUGGAGCAGGCUGUUAUAAUGUUGAUAUGAGGAACAUAACGUGCGGUCCAAGUCAUGGAAUAAGUAUUGGUAGUCUUGGGAUCCAUAACUCUCGAGCUUGUGUGUCAAACAUCACAGUGACAGACUCAGUCAUCAAGCACUCCGACAAUGGUGUUCGGAUCAAAACAUGGCAGGGAGGAUCAGGCAUGGUGUCUGGGAUCACAUUUGACAACAUCCUUGUUGAGACAGUUCAUAACCCAAUUAUGAUAGAUCAAUAUUACUGCCUCACCAAGAACUGCAGUAACCAAACCAGUGCAGUUCUCAUUUCUGAUAUUUCUUACACAAACAUAAAGGGGACAUAUGAUGUGAGGAGUCCACCUAUGCAUAUAGCCUGCAGUGAUUCAGUUCCAUGCAAUAACCUUGUAUUGUCCAAUAUAGAGCUGCUUCCAGCUCAAGGACAAAUUGUGGCAAACCCAUUUUGCUGGAAUGCAUACAGAACCAUUCAGACACUCACCAUUCCACCAGUUGAUUGCUUGUUGUGGGGAACCCCUCAACCGGCAGACCAGAAUGAUGUUAAUCAGUGUUGACAACGAUUUGUAUAAAGCACAAAUAUUGAUAGCCAUCCACGGAAAAGCUUUAACUGUAUCACAUAAGAGCCUUCAGUUCUAUGAAACUAAAUUAAGAGAUUAAUGCUACUGUUGCUUUUAACUCAGUAAGGUAAUUUUGAGAUUUAUUUGGUUGAGUAUAUCUAAUAUGGUGGGCACUUCCCCAUGAUAUAGGGACCAUAGGGAGCUAAUGAAACUUCUACUUCUAGAUCAAAAGUCGCUACAUGCCCAUAACUCCCACAGUAGAGGCAUCAAUUGCACUUUUGGCAUGCCAGAUGCCAUAAGUGCUAGGCUGCUAGCCCCACAAACAAGUUCUCCUACAACACCAAUGGGUGACUUGUAAAAACAUAAUGCCCAUUCUAGACAAACUGAAAAUGAUGGAACAGAGAAGCAGAGCAAAAAUGGAAAUACAUGAGAGUACACAGUCAGGCAGUAAGAGUUUUUUCGUCAAUGUGAAAGUGACUCUGCUGGUGGCAUAGUUGGCCAAGCUACUUGAGAGUGCAAAGAUCAGUACAUGAUUGGGGUAUCGUCACUCAUCGACACUU